CAAAUUCUCACUCUUCGAAGCCAGCCAAAUUCUCACUCUUCACAACAGAAACCAUGGUUCGAUAUUCACAACGGAAGGCAUGUCUAACCGCAGUCAGGACAGCCAUUGAGCUGAAAGUAACGACCUCCGCUCUGGAAUUUGCCUUUGGGCUUGACAAUGACAGCUCCUCCGAUGAAGACGAGGAUAAUAGCUCUGACGACGAAGACUUUGACUCAUUGGAACUCGAAGAUCUGCUCCAUCUACUCAAGGCAGUCACUUCAGUUCGGUAUUUCGCUCCUCGAACAACUCUUCAACAAGCGCCACCAAUACAUGAUUUCCUACUGGUCCGACUUGAAGAUCGCCGGUUCAAACAGGAGUUCCGAAUGUCUAGAGAUUCAUUUAUCAUGUUAUGCAAGCGUGUUGCCGACGACCCAGUGUUCCACAACAACUCGAACAACCCUCAACGACCUAUUGAAGAACAGAUGAUGGUGACUUUAAAGCGAUUGGGUUGCUUUGGUAAUGGAUCUUCGGUUGGAAUGCUUGCAAGAUUCUUCCGGGUUGGCGAGGGGACAGUGGAGUUGUACACCAAUCGAUGCAUCAUGGCAAUCUUGCGGAUCCAAUCUCAACUCCUCAAGUGGCCAAGUGCAGAAGAACGAGUCGCUCGAGCUAUUGAGUACGGUGAAGAUGGUUUUGAUGGCUGCAUUGGUGUGAUUGAUGGGUCACUCAUACCCCUAUCGGACUGCCCCAGCAGGCACGGCUCAGACUACUACUCGCGCAAGGGCUUCUACUGUAUCUCCACCUUGAUCGUAUGUGACUCUCAGCGGAACAUCCAGUACAUGUACACAGGUUGGCCGGGCUGCUCUCACGAUUCCCGAGUUAUGGGUAAUUCUCCGAUCACCUUGAACCCUGAUAAAUACUUCAAAUCUGGGGAAUUUCUACUCGCCGAUUCAGCUUAUACUACCACAAUGAACGUGGUUGCCGCAUUCAAAAAACCGUCACAUGGGUCACUAACUGAAGACGAACAUUCAUUCAAUUAUUAUCUUGCUCAAAAACGGGUGGUGAUUGAACAAUGCAUAGGUGGGCUGAAAGGGCAAUUCCAAUCUUUAAAAGGACUUCGCCUUCGCAUUGGUGGGAAGAGGGACCGAGUGAGGGCAAAUGCCUGGAUAAUAGCCUGUGGAGUGCUGCACAACUUCCUCAAUCAAGGAGAUGAGUAUGAUUUUGACGAUGUGGACCCUGGCCUCACAGACGCCCCGGCUCCUCAACAAAUGGAAGUGGAACCACCCACGCAGCGAUCAACUGCAGCUGCACGCGCGUUUCGUGAGAAGAUAAAGAAAGCGGUCCUGGAAUUGCAUGAAUAAGAUUUCAGCUAGCUAUUUCAAGUCAUGUUCCCUUGCAAGUUCGAUUUCGGAUCUGUGUAGUUAGCCUAUGAAACCCAAUGUCAUUCUUUGCCGCAACCCUUUGAUGAAAUGGUCAAUGACAUUCUUUCC